CUUCAUUGUAAUUCCUCGCAGGAGCUGGUCUUGGGCGGGCUUUCGCGACGCCCUAUAAAAGAGGACAGUAGGCGGAGGCGUUGCACCGGCCAUGGACCUCGAAACAAGGGUGAAAGCCUACCGUUUCGUUGCCUAUUCGGCCGUCACCUUCUCCGUCGUCGCUGUUCUUUCCGUAUGCGUCACGCUGCCUAUGGUCUAUAAUUAUGUACAUCAUGUUAAACGAACCAUGCACAAUGAGAUCAACUUUUGCAAGGGCUCUGCUAAAGAUAUUUGGAACGAAGUGCACAGUCUGAAGAGCCUUCCAUCGGUGGCGAACCGCACAUCACGUCAAGCCGGCUAUGGAGAUGCUGCUGUAACAGGAGGAACAGGAGCAGCACAGCAGGGGUCUUGCGAAGCUUGUUGCCUCCCCGGCCCACCCGGUCCCGCGGGAACUCCGGGAAAACCUGGUCGACCAGGAAAACCUGGUGCACCGGGUCUACCCGGUAAUCCAGGAAGACCACCACAACAACCAUGUGAACCAAUCACCCCUCCGCCGUGCAAGCCCUGUCCUCAGGGACCACCAGGGCCUCCGGGACCACCAGGACUUCCAGGAGAUGCGGGCCCACCUGGUCAACCGGGACUGCCAGGACAAGACGCACCACCAGGAGAACCUGGUCCGAAAGGCCCACCAGGACCACCUGGCAAUCCAGGAGCACCCGGAGCACCAGGAGAACCGGGGAUUCCAGCUCAGUCAGAACCACUCAUUCCUGGAGAACCGGGACCACCAGGAGAACCUGGACCCCAGGGACCACCAGGACCUCCGGGGCAACCUGGAAGCGAUGGUGCUCCUGGACAACCAGGUCCAAAGGGUCCGAAUGGUCCGGAUGGCCCACCUGGAGCCGAUGGAAAUCCAGGAGCUCCAGGACCUGCUGGACCCCCUGGACAACCAGGAGAACGCGGAAUCUGUCCGAAAUAUUGUGCAAUUGAUGGUGGUGUAUUCUUUGAAGACGGUACUCGGCGUUGAUGUAGACGGUGACAUUCGAGAAGUAGAACAUAUUCUUGAUUACAGGAAUAAAUUUUCCACGAAUGAU